AUGGAUGUCUCUGCGAGAGAGAGCUUCUCGUACGACGAAAGCCUCCUUGAUCGAAGAGCUCUCAAGAAUUUUCUAAUACUGGAUGAAAUUCUGAAACGAUUUCCCAAGAAGAGUGGUGUUGAGUGUGUCUUUUGUGAAGAAAGCACAAAGAUCCACAACCUCCAUGAUAUGUUUAGAGCAUAUGCAUGUGCUGUUUCAUGUCUUGCCCAUCACACAGAGUCUGUUGGUGUCGCCGAUCUUCUGGUUUUUUUCGAGGUUGAAGAUUUUGUCAUGAGAAAGGCAAGAGGAAGAGAGAUGUGGAGCGUCAGGGAUGUUUUAGAAUUCAGGAGAGACACAAAGGAGAUGUAUGAGGAGGCUCUAAGAGAUCAGCUGGUGGCGGUAUUCAAGACACACUUUAUGGAGAAGUCUAUCAAGAUUAACUGCGAGCAGGAUGUUGAGUCGAUAACAUAUAAAUACUACAAACUGGUGGAUGACGGCGAAAAGACGGGACUUGAAAUGAGAAGCUUGGAGCUUGUUCUAAUUCUACUGUUCAAGAGAGACGAGUUGAUUAGGUUUUUCAGGGUUUUUUGGCCGAAUAGAAAGAGCUAUGCAGUUUUCAAGCUUGCAUUGAUACUCAGCAUGAGGCUGGAGUCUCAUGUCUCGACCGAGAGACUUCUAAAGGAGUUUGAGGGCUUUCCAUUUGAAGAAGAUAGCCUGUUUCCAUAUAAUGGAGAUGUUGACAGCCUGCACGAGAUCAAUGAGAUGCUAGAAAACUCCGAGCCAGACAUUGGCGAAUGGUUUAGGAUGCAACAGGAAAAGAUGUAUUGGAUGGAAUGCGUGAGGAUGUGGGCAGCAAACAGGGAGAGUGAUCCCGGCACAAUGGACAACUCGAUGAUAGAGCUCUGUAUUAAAAACAAGCGCUACGAGGAUGGAUGGCUAAUAUACAAGAACGACAUGAAAAGUACUAAUGUAGGUAUUGUCAAAGCCUGCAUUCUUUGCAUUAAGGGGCUAAAAAGCAGCAACGGAAGUUGUGUGUGGGAGAGCAGGACUGCCGAGGUGAUUGAUAAUGCUGUGUUUUCCGGAGAUCUCAAGUCGUUGCAUGCCUUGAUAAACGAAAUUGUUUCCAAACUUUGGGAGAUCCCAGCUGUCCAGAGAGUUUUUGUCCUCGGAAGAUUUUCAAAGGCGGCUGAUUGCAUGUGUAAGGAUGAGGACUUGAUUGCAGAACUUCUCAAGGGACUUCAGGCGCUGUGCACUGAGUGCAGAGAUUCCGAGACGCGAGAUCUAUGUGUAAGGUACUCUGAGAUGGUCUAUGACGAGUGGAAAAAGGCUAAGAAGAAGUUUCUGUUCUUCAAGAAGCAAAGCCACCACGGCUUGCAGAUACGCAGUAGCAUGCUUGGAAUUUACGGAGCCACGAAAGACUGCAAAAAAUUCUAUAAUGUUUACCAGGAUCUUAUGAAAUCAAAUACCGAGCUGAGCAGAGAGCUAUGUACAAAGCUGGAGAGCCUCCACAUCCGGGAUUGCGAGGAAUGCAUCUUAAGGAGAAGGCAGCUUACUGUAAAUGGAAACAGGAAGGCCCCGCCCGUCUUUAAUUUUCUGAAUAAACCUUAA